CUGCUCCUGCCCGCUGGCUGAGACCAGACCCCCCCACACACCAACACCCCGUCUCUGUCUGAUCUCCGAUCCUCGGUUGUCUGGGAAUCACUCUUGGUAGUGCUCAGUGGACCAGUGGGAUACCAGGAAUUGAAACCUACAGUGGACGCAUGCAAGGCCUGCCCUUCCGGAUGGGCAGAACCCACGACCCCCGGCAGCAUGACCAAGCUGACGACCAGCACGCCUUCUUUCCCCCACGGGAGCGCGCCCAGAAGCCCCCCGGGCUCACCGCGGAGGAUACUCCAGACAACGACCUUCCAGCUGCAAGGAAGAAACCGGGGUCCGAGGAGAAAGCCUGCCCCAAGCCCCCGGAUCCCCCGAGCGUCAAAAACCAGGGCAGCUCCCUGACCGUCCUGAGCCCGUCGGGCCCCCAGAAGUCCCAAGCCGGUCGGGGAAACGACCCGAUCCCCCGCCAGGCCCUGCCGCCCGGCGAGGCGAAGCCCCACGUGUGCCCCGAGUGCGGCAAAGCGUUCACGAAGGCGUCGGGGCUGGCGCUGCACGCGAAGAUCCACACGGGCACCAAGCCCUACCAGUGCGACAAGUGCGGACGCGCCUUCUACGCGUCGUCCAACCUCACCAAGCACUUCCGCACGCACACGGGCGAGAAGCCCUUCCCGUGCAACGUGUGCGGCAAGACCUUCACCACGUCGUCCUACGUCACCAUCCACCAGCGCUCGCACACGGGCGAGAAGCCCUACGCGUGCCCGACGUGCGGCAAGGCCUUCACGGCGUCCACCCGCCUGGCCAAGCACCUGCAGUCGCACGGGGCCAAGCGCUUCGCCUGCGACGUGUGCGGGAAACGCUUCGCCAAGGCCGCCAGCCUGGGCUUCCACCGGCGCAUCCACACCGGCGAGAAACCGCACGCCUGCCCCGAGUGCGGCAAAGCGUUCACCGAGCCGUCGGUGCUCACCAAGCACCGCAAGAUCCACACGGGCGAGAAGCCCUACGCCUGCCCCGAGUGCGGCAAGGCCUUCAGCCAGUCGUCGGGGCUCACCAAGCACCUGAACAUCCACACGGGCGAGAAGCCCUACGCCUGCCGCGAGUGCGGGAACGCCUUCACGCACUACUCGGGCCUCACGGCGCACCUGAAGAUCCACAGCGGGGAGAAGCCCUACGCCUGCGACCAGUGCGGCAAGGCCUUCGCCUCCUCCACGCAGCUCACCACGCACUUCCGCUCGCACACGGGCGAGAAGCCCUUCCAGUGCAACGUCUGCGGCAAGACCUUCGCCUGCUCCUCCUACGUCACCAUCCACAAGCGCUCGCACACCGGCGAGCGGCCCUACGGGUGCCACCAGUGCGGCAAGGCCUUCACGGCCUCCUCCUGCCUCAUCAAGCACCUCCGCUCGCACACCGGCUAGCGG